AUGGGUCACCUGUCGCUGCUUCUUUCUUCGCUCCUAAUCCCCUUGGCACUCGGUGCUCCGGCGGGUGGGGCUCAGCAGUCAAACCUGGCGAGAGAUCUCAAGAUUGUUCAGACUUUCAAGCAGAAAGUCACCGUCGAUCCCAAGGGCAUCACCAAGAAAUGGGUUGGCAACGAUAUCUGCAAGUUCGAAGGUUUCCGAUGCGCGGAGAACCCCAAUACCAAACAGACGGCAGUUUCUGGUAUUGAUUUCAAUGACUUCAACUUCGGCAAGGAUCUUUCCCUCAAUGGUUUCGUUGACCAGCUUACGGACCUGACCUUCUUCCACGCGGGCAGUAACGAUUUCACUGGUUCCAUUCCGGACUUCUCGAAGUCCAAGUGGCUGUGGGAGCUUGACCUCAGCGACAACAAGUUCUCCGGUCCCUUCCCUCCUACUAUUUUGAACAUGGAUUUGGUCUUCUUGAGCUUGCGCUUCAACCAGUUCUCUGGACCCCUUCCUCCCAAGCUCUUCGAUCUCGAUCUUGACACUAUUUUCCUCAAUAACAACAAAUUCAACGGUCAGAUUCCUGACAAUCUUGGAUCUUCUCCCGCUAGAUACAUCGUCCUGGCCAACAACCAGUUUACCGGCCCAAUUCCUAAGAGCGUUGCCACCUCUAAGGAUAUCAACGAGAUUCUCUUCUUGGGCAACCAACUGACAGGUCCUCUUCCUACUACUUUCAACCUUCCCAAUGCCACUAUUUUCGAUGUCAGCGACAACAAGCUGUCUGGGCCUGUUCCUGAGUCUCUGUGCCAACAGAAGAAGCUUCAGGCGCUUAACCUAUCUAAGAACAGGUUCACUGGAAAGCUUGGCCCCGCUUGCACUGCCUUGGUUAACAAGAAGAUCCUUGACGUGACCGGUAACUGCCUCGAGGGAGUCAAGGGCCAAAAGGCCAAGUGCUAA